AAAAAAAAAACAGGAUGUCUUUCGAGAAUUUCACUGUCUGUGUCGAUUAGGCCCCUCUACGCAAGAACCUGUUUAGCCUAAAAUUUGAAACAGGUUCUAAUUUGAAAAUGUUUUAAAAAAUUUUUGUACAUAUGAGCAAAUAAAAAAAGUCAACAUUCAUAUCCCCGUUUGGCCGAGACAUAGGUGCUUCAGCAAUCCAGCUGGAAUGUAUUGGUAUGCGAUGAUUUUGUGUAAGGAAGAAGCCGAAUACAACAAAAUAGUCUUAGUUACAAUGUAUUUUUUCAUUCAGAAAAUCAAUCAAGAACCUAUUUAAGAACCGAAAUAGCCUAAACUUUGCGCUAAUUACCAUUUAUGUAAGAACCUGUUUAGGCUAACUUAGGAAAAUGAAGCUUCUUAGUCGCGGGUUUUUACUGAAUAGUCUCCAAAGAGUCUUAAGAACAGUACUAGUUACACUGAUAAAUAUUUUGAAUGGCAAAUUUGUCACAUACAAAAUUUUCAAUUAAUUACAUGUACAGAUAUUAAUGAGAACGAUUGUCUCCAUAGCUCGUUAAAUUAACAAGUCAGUGCCCUUCAAACUUGGUUCAACUUGUAUCUCAAAGGAAGUUUAAAACAGUUCUUAUCAUUGGCCAGUUUCCAAAAUAAUUGUUUAACGUCAUGGAGCCUUCCAACUCGUUUUAACUUGCAACUUAAAUAAAACAAAAGCAGUACAUGACUCCUUUCAGUUGCGGGUCAAUUAAGACUGGCUGAUUUACAUGUAACCUAUAGGAAUACUUCUAGUAACUUACAUUUAACAAUCUUUCAAACUUGUCUAAAACACGUUUUUAUGUAAAGUUGGUCAAAAUAGGACAUAAAAUCCUUGGUAAUGUUAAAAAAUUUAUCAUUCGUCUUACGAUCACUACAGUCGUUCAUACAAGCAAGGUAGGACUUGAGUCAAUGUUUCCAACACGUAUCAAACUACAAUACUCAGUUUACUUAAACGAUUGCUUGGAGGUCUUUUCAGUCUGGUUUCAAUUUGAACUGUUACUUUUCACGAAAUAUUCGAUGUAAAGCUUACUGCUACUAGCCUUGUUUUGUUGUGCGUGUGUGUUUUUUUUGUUUGAAUAUUGCCUAGCAGUCGCUAACGUUCUAUCAUAAGCGCUAAAAUCUUAAGCGAGCGUUUCAACGAAAUGUCGAAGAGUUUUAAGCGUCCGUGUAAGUCCGACAUAUAAUUGCAGGGACAUGGUAAUUUUCUCAAGUAAUGCUAAAAGCCGGCCUGAAAUUGAUGAAUGAAACUGAUUUUUUUUUUCUCUCCAAAACAAAUAAUAACUUCACCACAGAUCAUCAGUUCGCGUUGCUUGUUAUCCCCAUUUUUUAAAAAAAAAUGUUAGCAAAUCAUUGAAAGUGAUGCCUUUUUAAGAAUAUUUGGCCAUAAUUUUGAGCGUACUCCUGUUUUCACAGGUUUCCUCAUCAUGCAAACCUGGCUACUGUGUUAUGCGUGCUGCUCUUACUGCUGAUUACCUUGUGUUCUGCAAAUGAAAACAACAGCAGCAAACCACAUGACAAGGUGUGUUUCUUAAAACAAACAUUGUAAUAUAUAGUAGUAAUAUAUGAGAAGUGAAAGUCAGUCAAUGGUAGCUGAACUAUUAAAGCUGAAAGAACUUAGUGAGGCUGAAUGAAUGAACGGUAAUUUUUUAUUUAAGAAUGCUUGACUGAGGUUAAUUGAUCAUGAAUUUAUAAAGGAAUGAAUUUUUAAAUUUUUCAUUUAGAGUAUUCCUCAACAGACUUCACCUUAUGGUUCCUGUGGUCAUGGUGGGUGUUUCUGUGCACCAGGAAUUCCAGGCAUCCCAGGAAGCCCUGGACCCGCGGGACCAGCAGGUGUCGCGGGAUCACCCGGUAAUCAUGGGCCUGAAGGACCCAUGGGCCCACGAGGAAACAAAGGUGAUGAAGGAGCUCGUGGAAGACCGGGAGCACCAGGCGUCAAAGGAGUUAAAGGACCUGCAGGCCCAGCAGGUCCACGUGGGGACAAAGGUGAAGCAGGUUCAGCUGGUUCCCCUGGAAACAAGGGUGAUACAGGUGCUCGUGGAAAGCAAGGUCCUUCUGGCCCCAAGGGACCUCAAGGACCCUCAGGUGCAGCUGGUUCCCCUGGAAACAAGGGUGAUACAGGUGCUCGUGGAAGCCAAGGUCCUCCGGGUCCAAAGGGUGAUCCAGGAUCGUUUGGUCGAAAUUGGAAACAAUGCGUUUUUAAGAAUCUGAACGAUGGAAGGGACUCUGGAUUGAUAAAGGUAACAACUGAGUUGGUCGUUCUAGAUUAUAUAAAUCAAUCCCAAGCAAAUUAAUAAGUCUGGUUAUGACCGAUUUAAAAACUCAUUAAUACUUCACAAAGAAAAAAGAAAAGAAAUUUUAAAUGUUUAAUGAGAGUCUUUAUAUCUGAUAAAGACAUGGCUAAACUUUGUAAACGUCCAAUUUUUUUAGGCCAAAAUAACCCCAAAUCUAAAUAUUAGUGCAAGAGUGAGUUGAUCUAUAUCAGUGAUUUUGAAGCUAUUCAAAAAACUUGCAGUGGCGUUAUCAGGAGAAAAACUCGAGGCGAGUUAUUUGAGAAAAAAAAUACUGCGUGUUUCGGAACUUGUGCGAGCUAUCCAUGGAAUGAUACAAAAUGCCGGGAAAAAGCCCGAUUCAUCAGUUUAAGAUAUACGUAUAGUUUUUUUGUCUGAAUUUGAGUGAAAUUCGCAGGGUCGUGGCGUCCUUUCCGGCAAUACAUACACACGUGCGUGCUUGAGAAAUUGGUAGGAUUUGUAGCUUCGUGACUUGACUUUGUAUUGUGCAUAUUUAUUGCUGUCUGUCUCGUUGUUAUUCAGCAUCGUUUUUACACGAAAAAUACAACGCUUUGAGUAGUGGAAUGUGAUAAAUUCGAAACAUAUUUAUUUGCCUUCAAGCGAUCUCACAAUACAUUGCGUAUUCAAGAAACGGAAAACCCUUAAAGAAAAUUAUUAUUCCUUUCAAGAUUUAUCUGGAAAAUUUUCCCAUUCAAAAGCUAAAUUUUCCAGGAAAUUUACUCCUGGCGAACAGAUGUAGUAUUUUUUCCAAUGACAAACAUCAAGAGAAAGAUUCAGUAAAACUGAAAAUAAACAAAUGCUGACUGCAAUUGUUUGUUCCUAUCCCGUGCUCAUGAACGAAAUAAGGAAAACUCAAAUGUCAGCAAAGAAAUAAGCAUGCAGAAAAAUUACACAAACAUGCACACACCGCAAUUCUUCCAACCGAUGCUUUUAAACUCCAAAUUUCUGCACAAAAAAGGCGCCUCGCCUUGUGUGCUGGUAAACAUUCCAGUACCAGCUCAAAGAAGUAAGUUUUAAAAGCUUUUUUUGAUAUCACGUUCUAUAAUUGUAAACAAGCCUAUAAACUGUCGAAAUAAUUAUGUAUUAAAGGAAAGCAAAAACGUUAUUCUGGUUAUUUUGUUGAAAGUUUCUAAAACCAUAUGGACCCGUGUGCCUACUUGUCAAAAUGGUCGCGCUACUCCCUUGAUUCGCAACGGUCGACUGUAGUAUUGAUGGUGAAGUUAGUUACAAAAGCACAGUAACACUAUCACAGAUAUAGCCCAGCGAGGAUUCAGAGGAGUUGAAACAAUUCCCCUUCACCAUUCAUGAUGGAAAUAUGAGUUUACUGGUUUUAAUUGAUCCAUGGUUAACAAGUUUCCACGGAGAAAUUCCUCAGUUACCGCGAGUGAAACCCAAAGCUUUUAAAUCAGUUUUUCUAGACGAUUAUGUAAUUGUUUAUCUCUAUCUUUAAUUUCGGUUCAUCCCCCUCGCUGAUCUUUCUCCCUCCGUUGAUUUUUAAGGAGUGCAUUUUUAAGAAAGCGUCAGACACUACUGGGCUGCGUGUCUUUUGGAGUGGCGAUCUUCGUCUCGCUAACUGCCAUGGAUGCUACAGACGAUGGUAUUUCACGCUCAACGGUGCAGAGUGUUCAACACCAGGUGCCAUUGACGGAAUAGUCUACAUGGUACAUGGAAGUGGUUCGAAAAAGAAUUUGCACCGUGUGCGUCACAUUGAAGGAGUCUGUGAGAAAAUCCACAAGGGUACUGUUCGCGUGGGAUUCUGGGUCGGUAAUUGUGCUGGUCACGGAUCUGCUGAUGCUUACACAGGCUGGAACUCAGUAUCCCGGAUAUACGUGGAAGAAGUACCUCCCCCACAGGCUUAAUAACAGCAGAGCCACAGUUUUUGUUUCACUUUCAAAGAU